UCCUACGCAUGGCGCCGGCGGCAGACGAUGUCCUCGACGGCGGCAACGAGAAAUCAAUCUUCCGGUGCCUCGACGCGGCGCGCUACGUUGUGGCAGCCGCGGUGAGCGUGCUCAUCAUGGCGGUCAUCGUGUACGCCAUCACCGUGGUGCUCCGCCCAGCGGACCUCUAUAUCGGGGUCCUCCAAGGCUCCGUCUCCGUCUCUGUUUCAGGCGGCGACAACCUGCGCAGGCCGCCGUUCAACGCCAGCAUCGGCCGCGGCAACCUCACCUUCUCAUUCACCGUCCGGGCCAUCAACCCCAGUGGCCGCGUCAGCAUCUACUACACCGACGUCGAGGCCAAGAUCAAGAGCAACAUGUCGUCGGCGUCAAGCACUUUGCUCCGUCUCCGGUUGCCCGACGUGUCCUUGGGGCCCAAGUCGAGCAUAGACUCCAACAUUCUGAUGAAUACAUUUGCGCUUGUUAAGAAACAGGUGUACUACUUCAAUAUGUUGGCCAAUGGGAGCAGCAUCGACGACGCUAUGAUUGCGGUGGAGGGCACCCGCACCGUCGAGGUUUACUCCGGUCGCAACGUGACCGACCACGUGCGAGUAUUCUACUUCUGCUCGCCCAUCGUCGUUGGCGGCGAUAAGGACGACGACAGUGAGGCUGCAGUCGACGUGCAGUGCACGGAUCAGAAUCAGCCAGCCAGCAGCUAGAUUGCUGGUACCAUGGAUGUGUGCAUGUGUGCAAUGCUGAUUAAGAACUUCUUUUUCUUGAUUCAGUUAAGUGUAUACAUGUUUAAUAUUGAUGUUGGUGUGAA